UCAAUUUGUAGGAUGCAAGGUUAUGUAUUUGUCUGGCUUUUGUUCAGUUCUACGUAUCCGUUUGUUUUCCACUUUUUCUUAUUUAUACUUGGAGUCCGGUAGAAGUCGUCAACUUCAGUCGUAGCCACUUUCAGAGUUCAGUUGAGGAGUUUGGAUCUGUGGUUGGAAGCCACUCCACUUUUCCACCACCGCUGCCCCUCUCCACCUUUUCUCCCCCAAGCCCGAGGCUGCACCUCCUCCUCCUCCUCCCGACAGGCGAAACCAGAUAUUCCAGUGCCUGGAUGACGGAGAAAAGUUUUUCCAGGCCUACCCGAUGGCUGGCUCAUUUCACCAUCCUGCCUGGAGCGAGAUGACAAACGGAGGCGGGCACCCCCACUUCAGCAAUGGAGGCCGGGGUGGGGGAUCCCAAAGCACAACGCGCUACAUGCUGAAGAAACAGCAGCGCCACAGACGCAGGUCCUCCUCUCCCAUGGGCAGGGUCAUUCUCAUCAAUGCACCUGUAGAUGGAGGAGACGACAGUGAAGAUAUUCACACAGUGACAGUCAAUAAGAGCCCAGAUGGGCGUCUUGGCUUUAGUGUCCGUGGGGGAUCCGAACAUGGACUUGGUAUAUUUGUCAGUAAGGUGGAGGAUGACAGCACAGCAGCACAGGCUGGGCUCACUGUGGGGGAUAAGCUGGUGGAGGUGAACGGAGUCAGCCUGGAGAGCAUCACCAUGAGCAGCGCUGUGAAGGUCCUGACAGGAAACAACAGGCUGAGGAUGGUGGUGAGGCGUGUAGGAAAGAUCCCCGGCAUCCGCUACUCCAAGGAGAAGACCACAUGGGUGGAUCUAAUUCACAGAAGGAUGGUGGUGGAGGAGAACGGUCGUACGCCGUCAGAGGCCAGCUCAGACAGCGCUCUCCGCCGGAUUGUACAUCUCUUCACUACAUCGGACGACUACUGUCUGGGUUUCAACAUCAGAGGCGGCAAAGAGUUUGGACUUGGCAUUUAUGUCUCAAAAAUGGACCCAGGUGGGCUUGCAGAACAGCACGGCAUCAAAAUGGGAGAUCAAAUCCUUGCAGCAAAUGGGGUGAGCUUUGAGGACAUCACCCACAGCAAUGCAGUGGAGGUCCUGAAGAGCCACACUCACGUCAUGUUAACCAUCAGGGAAGUUGGAAGAUAUCCCGCAUACAAGGAAAUGGUGGCGGAGUAUGGCUGGCUUGAUAAAUUAGCCAAUGGCGGCCCUGCACUGUCCUCUCAGGGUUCAGACUCCAACUCCUCUGUGUCCUCGCUGUCCUCCAGCACGCCUGUCAGCUCCCUCAGUGGUCUCUCUCAGGUCCUUUUCCCCCCGGUUUUUCGCUCAGAGAUGGUGGACGUGGCCAUCUGCACAGAGGAUCGCUCCCGACGUCAAAGCAUCGCAGAGCGGACAGCAGACAGUGCCAUUCAGACUGACCCCCCAGCAGCAGACUUCAUGGACCAUUCUCCUAACAGGCUGGACCCUGACCGGCUGGUCGGCACAGAAACCAGUCGGACUGUAGGGGAAACUAUGCUGCUGAAGGACACAGUCAUACGCGGGAAAGGUGAGGGGCCGAGGGACAUGGGAGAGGUCAAAGAGUUGGGACGGGGCCGAGUGAGGACACCGUCCGCCGGGGAGAGGGACGCUGAAAAACAGUCGCCUAAAACAGAAGCACUGAUGGCUCUGAGCAAACCACGAAAGCCAAUCCGACGUUCCCAGAGCCACAUCACCGUGUCAGAGAAGAAGAAAAAAGGGCAACAAAAGCAGAAAGACUCAGCAGACGGUAAAACAAACCUGCAGCGUUCCAAAACCUUUGUCAACCUUUUCUUCAAGAAAGACCAUAAAGACAAGAGUCGCUCGAGGUCUCCGUCUUAUCAUCCUAAUGAAAAAGAGCGAAGUCGUCCAUUCCAGCUCUUUACUUCCCCGAGGGAAUCCCGCGCCGGCAGCCCACUGCCCCAUCAUGAGACGCUGCAGCAUGUGGAGGACAUGUCAAAGAAAUUGCUCAGUCCAGACGAGGUUGCUGCAGUGAUGAGAAAUUGUCGGCGGUUUUUGUCUGACAAUGUGAUUGAGGAUUUGGUGCGCCCCCUGCUGGCAAUCUUGGAUCGGCCAGAGAAGCUGCUUUUGCUCAGAGAAAUAAGAAUGCUGAUACCCACGUCUGAGUUGGGUCGUUUUGACAGCCUGGUGAUGCCGUUUGAGCUGGAAGCGUAUGACAUCCUCAAGAGUCGCUCUAUACGCUCGCCGGCUCUUCGGUCACCUCGCAGUGGAACUCCUCGGCGUCACCUCAUCACCCCAAUCCCAGACUACAGAGGUGGAUUUCACCUCCAGCCAGUUCAUGACACACACCAGGAGCGCCAGCUGAUCGAAGACUUCGAGAGACUUCGUCUGACCAGCCAACAAACUGGUCACCUGCCACCUUCCCGUGCCUUCAUCCCUCUGCUGGAUGUGCCCGUCGAUAACUAUGCGUCUUCCAUUGCGCGCUCACGUACCCCAAGCCCCAGCCACAGUUUCCUCCUCUCUGGGUCUCCUCACAACACCCAGCCUGGACGUCAACCUCACCGCUCCCCGAACAGGAGUGAGAAUGGGACACCAAGGUAUGACCAGGUGUCCUUGCUGUCUGUGUCAGACCGUGGAGACGCAGCUCCUGAGCGUGGGAGAUCACCUGUGAGGAGCAGCCAUGGCAGAGGGAGGAGGGAGGGGAGUCCUGACAGCAUCUACAGCAGACAGAGCAGGCAGGACGGCUACACUGAGGUCAGUGUGCGGGUUCCCUCACAGCGGAGAGGGAGAACCCCUCUAGCUGAUGUGUUUGAUCCCCAGAGAGAGAGAAGCCCCUCCUCACGCCGAGGGAGUGGCCUGCAGGUAAACGGACACUUUCAAAAUGGUCAAGAAAGAAGAGGAACUCUACCAGCUGAGGAGUAUGAAAUCAUGACACUCACCAUCUCCAAGGCCAAGCAAUCACUAGGUAUUAGCAUCUCUGGGGGUAUCGAGUCUAAGAUCCAGCCUGUAAUAAAGAUUGAGAAAAUAUUUCCAGGAGGAGCUGCCUCUACAAAUGAGGCUCUGAAGGCAGGGUAUGAGCUGUUGUCCGUCGACGGCGAGAGUCUGCAGGGAGUAACUCAUCAGCACGCUGUGGACGUCAUCCGCCGUGCCUUCAGCAACAAGGCCAAAGACCCGAUGGUUUUCGUGGUCAAGGUCCCGAAGGUUCCCCUCGUCCCCCCGGAGCUGUGAGACCAGCUGAGUGGACGCUGUGCGCCUCGCCAGCAGACUGCUGCCGAAGCAUAAAAGACAGUGAAACCUGCAACUCCUGAUGGAAACAAAGUGAAUCAAGCAGAUUGUAGUAAAGUUUAUUAGAAACCCUUUUUUGCCACAUCAACAUGUGAGAUGAAGUCCAACAUGUUACUUUUAUAACAUUUUACUACAUGCAUUCGCUAUAGAUGUUUUUUUUUAUAAAGUAUGGUUUAUGACAAGAUUAUUUGAUUCAUGCUUUAGCUCUUGGUUGACUGUGCCACUGUUCCAACAGGCCUAUCCGUGACCUCAGCACUGUCUGACAGUGGACUGCACUUUACUCUCCUCAGCCCAACAGCCCUCGCAAAAACCGCCAGACAGAGAUUAUCCCUGCUUGUGUUAUGAGACUUAUAGAUUCAUAUCCAGAUUAAAGUCCUGUGUCAUGUCAAAACCAAGAGUUUGAUUUUAGUGAAAGUCUGGGAUAAUUAAAAUGUUCUGCCCCGUAUUUUUAUGCAUAUUUUUUUGGCAAAUUUUUUGUGCUCUGAAGCAAUCCGCCACUUUAGAGGCUUAAUUACAACUCGCUUUGGUCAAAGCUUAUGCAGGCAUGAAAAGAAGAAGGAAAUCACAUCACAGGGGAAAGCAGGACUUGGACGCUGGUGGUAUGGUUUAAAUCAGAGCAAGGGAGCUCAGAUAAGAGCAGGAGGAUGUGCUGUGCAUAGUGCCUUAUUUCUGUGGGAGGAUAACACUGAUAAAGUAUUACUCAUAAGUGGUUCUGAGGUGAAGGCUUCAUGACCGCAGAUGUGGUAGAAAUGUAAGGAUGGAACUCGUGUCUCAAUGUUUUUUGAGUUGCUACAAAAUACAGAAGUAGUUUUUAAAACUUUGACUUUAAACCAUAGAUUUUCAAAUUUUCUUUACAGAAAUAAACCACCACAAGAGGUACUGUAAGAUAUGUGAGGUUUGAACUACUAACACUGAUACCUAUUAAGACUAAACAAGAAGUCUGUAAUAUUAGAUCAUAUUUCUCAACAACAUAUAGUUUUUUUGUGCUGACACAAAAUAACAAAAUAAUAAUAAUUUAAAUGAUUGGAAAAACCUCAAGCACAACUAUACGGCAGACUUUAAAGGAAAAAUAACAAAUUUAGGACGCUUUAUGCAUUUUCUUGUGUUCCAGGUAACAUAAACAAUUACUCCAGUCAUUUUUACGUUGUGACCACUUGCUCUUUAAUUAAAAACACUGUAAUUUGUACAUGUAUUGUACACAUAAAAAUAUACACAAACAGCUACAUACUUUAUUGAAUUUAUGACAACACACAGAAAGUAAAAAUACAAAAAGAAUGCUCACAAAAGGAUGAAAAAUGCCACAAAAAUGUAAAAACAACCCCCCCGCCAAAAAAAACCAAACAGAAAUGUUACGUUGCUUUGGUCUAGUCACAGUGGCUACAUUGGAAAUAGAUAUGUUGCCUAAAUAAAAGACAUUGACACUCUGUUAUACUGCUUGGUGUUUUACAUAUUUACACAGAAAAUAGUCAUGUUACUUUUGAACAUUUUCUCAUAUCUCAUGCUGAGAUAUGAGAAAAUGUUUAGGUGUGAGUCAGAAGCAUCCUGUGCUUGUUGCUGUGCAGAUGUGCUGAUUAACAGUCUACGUCUAGUUAAAGUGAAUGUGGCAGAACUGAGCUACUUCCCACAGGAAUGUAUACACAGUGCUUAAUGCUCUAGACUAUUUCAUGAUCCCCAAUGAAAGUGGUGAUAACGUGCAGCGUACUGAAAUAUGACUGUAAAAUAAAACUUCCUAGACUUGCAUCAGUCCAUCUCUCACAUUAAUAAAGAUGUUCCUCAAAAUAACAACAAUCUCAUUUGUCUUCUAAGCCAAUGUUGCGUGACAAAACGCAAAAGGGAGGUCUUGACUAGUAUGACACUGGAAAUCAACUUAAGGACAGCUCAGAGUAGUGAGAAAAAAGGCAAAGAUGAGCAGAACACAUAAAAAGAAAACUCCCUUCGGUUUUAUAUCCUGCUUUUCAGCAAGCUUGCUCAUCAGAAUGCAAGAUUUUUCAAUACAGAUUAUAUAAUGUAAACAUUAACUUGUCAUGCAUUACAGUAUUAGGUGCACGUGUUCUCUCUGCAGAUGCUUCCAUUUGUAACUCAUCCAUCAACUGAAACAUUGGUAUAUGAUCGACAUCAAUCCACACCAGUAUUACAGCAAAAGUUAUUCAGGUGCUACAUAUAUAUAAAAAAUAUACAACUUUUCCUCCAUUAUAUAGAUUCCCUCGUAUCAAUUCUAUAUUAUUCCUUAAUAAAGACUCUUUACAAAAUAAAGUUCUCAGCAGCCCUAUAUCUCUAUGCUCAGUGUCACACACAGCCCUGCAUUUACUGUGAGAAUGUUUCCACGCUCCAUGAAAAGCCUGCAGGCUUUGAACGCUGCAGGAGCAAACACCUCUGCAAACUCUCACUUCACCUGAGCUGGCUUCUUCCGAAAGGUCCUGCAAACAAAGACAUGCAAACGCGCCGCUCCCAUCUCCUUUAGCAUUCAGUGAAAAUAAUUAGGCCAAAUACCAAAAACACAGACGACUUUUAAACAUGUUUUUCUUUUUUUUUUGGGACUUCGCUAGUAAUGAUAUCUAGGGAACUAAAACAGUGCUGAAGUUUACAUACACUCAUCAUGAGCAUGAAAGUUUUAUUGUGUCAAUGACUCAUUGAAAACAUUAUUUUGGUGGUGGGAUGAUUUUAUGAUAAGUACUUCCAUACAUCUUACAAAAACAAGAUAGGGGUGCAAAAAGUUUAAAUGUUACUCUGGUUUAUCCAUUUCAAAAUCAGUUCUGGUUUAAGUUUAGGAUCAAUGUCCUGUUGAAGCACAAACCUUUGAAAUUCAGUUCAUGCCUUUCGUGAUUGUGGUCAAACAGCUCAGUCUUUGUCCCGUCUUACCAUAAAACGUUCCUCAACAUGAGCAAAUAAUGUAAUGUUUUCAAAAUGUAAAAAAG